AAUUUUAUUUUGUAUGAAAAGUUUUGUGUCGGGUGUUUUAUGGCCUUAUAUGUAAAUCCCAAGCAAUUUACUUACAGGAAGUAAAGUUUGAGUAUUUGAUUGCGAACUUUUAUUUUUAAAGUAUCAAAUUACAAAAAUAUUAUAAUUUGGGAACCAAAUCACUAUUAACCCUAUAAUUAAGUUGGUUUCUGGAAUCAGCAGGCAAUGCUUACCAUGGUAGAGAGAAACAGAAACCGAGGUUCAUUAUCCCUGCUAGAUUGAAUUAACUGUUUGUAGACCUGAAAUUAUUGCAGGCUUUUCAUUUUGGAUUAGCUCCAGGAUUUGAUUUUGUAAAGAAUAAUUUAUAGCCUUAUCAGUUAGAACCUAGUUUGGAACCCCAAGGAUUCCUUCAACAAGACAGAAGCUUGAAAUACCAUUAAUGCUUGAAUAGUUAUUUGAACACGGUCUUUUAUGUCUCAAAAAGUUUGGUCGAUGAUUUCUAGUGCCAUUCCAAAUCUAUGAUCUAGCCUAUCUUUUUCAAGGUUCCUGAUUAGCUCACGCCUGCAGAUAUGAUUUGCACAUGGUUUGAUGGUACCAUCAAAGCUCGAUGCUGGUUUGCUAUUGCUUUCCGAUACAAAAACAAUUUGGCACGAGAUAUUUAUGGUAAAUUCCAAGGAAUGGAUCAUCAAAAGUUUGGUCUGUAGCCCUCUGUUUUUAAUGUGCCAUUCAAAUUCCAUGUUCGUAGUUCAUUAUUUUCUAGGUGUCUGAAUAUGUUCACCCGAAUAGUUAUAAAAUUGAGCAUGUUUUAGUUGAAAGUACCAUUAAGCAAGCGCUAAACUUUUUAUUUUUUCGUUUGUGAACGUAGGAAGGAAUCACUGGCCAAUGGCCAACCAUACCAGCCAUCAAAAAUAUGAUUCAAUCAACCAUAAGCAAGCCCCAGUUGUUGUGAUCGUGGUGCCUUUUCCGGGCCACAGCCAUCUGAACCAGCUUCUCCAACUAUCCUGCCUCAUUUCAUCCCACAAAAUUCCUGUCCAUUAUGUCUGCUCUAGCAUUCACAGUCGUCAGGUCAAGCUCCGGGCAUAUGGCUUGGAUCCCUUCCACAAUUCACUUUUAACAUUCCAUGAAUUACCAAUCCCAACUUUCAUCUCUCCUCCACCCAAUCCAAGUGCCACAGUAAAGUUCCCUACUCAUCUCCAGCCAUCGUUUGAAGCCUAUUUGCACCUUCGCCAGCCUGUUGGUGCACUUCUUCUUGAGCUUUCUGGAUCAGCUGAAAGAAUAAUCAUUAUCCAUGACAGUAUAAUUGCUUCCAUAAUCCAGGAUGCUGUUUCUAUCACUAAUGCCGAAGUUUAUGCUUUUCAAAGUAUAUCCCCUUUCGCUUUGUUCUACAACAUUUGGGAAGCCAGGGGUAAACCUUUCCCAAUAGAAGCUGUAGUAUCCCAAAUACAAAAAAAGCUCCCAUCUCUUGAAGAUUGCUUCAGCUCUGAGUUCGUAAAUUUUGUCACUUAUCAAUAUCAAUUCAUGAAUUUUCAAGCUGGAGAACUCUAUAACACUAGCCGAUUGAUUGACGGUACUUACAUUGACCUUCUAGCAAAGCUGCAGACCAACGAAAACAGAAAACAAUGGGCAAUUGGACCGUUAAACCCUUUAAAAGUUCUUGAGCAAAGCAACCCAAAUAGAUAUCACAAAUGCUUAGAGUGGCUAGACAAACAAGCACCAAAAUCUGUUUUGUACAUUUCUUUUGGAACCUCAGCUUCCAUGACCGAUGAGCAGAUAAAUGAACUCGCAAUCGGGUUAGAACAAAGCAAGACAAAGUUCAUCUGGGUAUUGAGAGAUGCUGAUAAAGGAGACAUUUUCACAGAAGAAGUUAGGGAACCCGAACUUCCUGGAGGAUUCGAGGCAAGAACAGAAAGAUCAGGAAUGGUUUUGAGAGAGUGGGCACCCCAGCUUGAAAUUUUGGGGCAUCCAUCUACAGGUGGAUUCAUGAGUCAUUGCGGAUGGAAUUCCUGCAUGGAGAGUAUCAGCAUGGGAGUACCUAUUGCAGCAUGGCCUAUGCAUUCAGAGCAACCAAGGAACACUGUUUUAGUGGCACAAGUGUUAAAAAUAGGCUUGGUUGUCAAAGAUUGGAACCGGAGACAGGAAAUGGUGACAUGUUCUCACAUCAAGGAUGCAAUAGGGAGACUGAUGGCAUCAAUGGAGGGGGAAAUGAUGAGGAAAAGGGCAGAGGAAUUAGGAGAAGCUGUCCGGAAACAGUCUGCUGCUGAAGGUGGAGUUUCUCGUGUAGAGUUGGAAUCUUUUAUUGCUCAUAUAACUAGAUAAGAAGGUGUUGCCAGGGUAAAUUUAA